AGCAAAUGAUUCUGCACCCUUAAAGCAAAGAAGAUUCUUCACAUCAUCUGAGAAGAGGAGAAAAAAGGAACUGGAGAAAAAAAAAAUGAGUUCUUCAAGUACAGAGUCCUCCGAAGCUGAGAUCUCAACCUUAUAUGAGUAUUACGAUAAUUAUAACGAUGCUCCAAAACCAUGCAGUAAGGAAAGUGUCAAGAGGUUUGCAGCCUCCUUCCUACCUGUUCUGUAUACCCUUGUAUUCCUGGUUGGGCUCAUGGGAAACACUCUGGUCAUUGUGGUCCUCCUCAAAUACAAGAGGCUGAAGAGCAUGACUGAUGUGUACCUGCUAAACCUCGCCAUCUCAGAUUUGCUCUUUGUUUUAUCCUUGCCCUUCUGGUCUUAUUUCACAAUAGACCAAUGGGUUUUUGGAACUGCCUUGUGUAAAAUCAUUUCGUGGAUCUACUUGGUUGGGUUUUACAGUGGGAUAUUUUUUAUUAUGCUUAUGAGCAUAGACAGAUACCUGGCAAUCGUUCGUGCAGUGUUUUCCUUGAAAGCAAGGACUGCCUUCCAUGGCUUGAUUACUAGCCUUGUUGUAUGGCUAGUAGCUCUUACAGCCUCAGUUCCAGAACUUGUAUUUAGAGAAUCUUUUAAUGAACAUAAUUAUACUACCUGCAAGCCGAGAUAUCCAGGCAAUUUUACAACAUGGAAAAUUUUUUCCACUUUGGAAAUCAACAUUUUAGGGCUCCUAAUCCCUUUUAUAGUUAUGACAUUUUGCUACUCCAUGAUCAUCAAAACAUUAGUUCACUGCAGAAAUGAGAAAAAAAAUAAGGCUGUGAGGAUGAUCUUUGCUGUCAUGAUCGUGUUUUUCUUCUUUUGGACUCCUUACAACAUGGUUAUUUUCUUACAACUGCUGGAAGUUACAGGAGUCAUUAGAGACUGUCAAAUGAGCAGGAAUCUGGACUAUGCUCUCCAGGUAACAGAGAUCCUCGGUCUUUUACACUGUUGCCUCAAUCCAGUCAUCUACUUCUUCAUGGGGGAAAAAUUUAAGAAGUACCUGAAGAUCCUUUUCAAGAGCUGGCAGUUACCUGGAGAUAUUUGCAAGUGGUGUGGAGUUCACAUCACUUACCACACUGAAUCUACCAGUUCCUUCCACACACAAUCUACAGGUGAUCAAGACGGUCUGUAAUGUGUUUCAGACCAGCCACUGAACUCACCAGCAAGUUAAACUGACAAAAGCAGGAACUUUGAAAAGCUAAGCAAAUGCACAUGCAUUUAACAAUAAGCUAGUGCCGGAUAAUUACUUCAGCUUUGAUUUCUGACUCUAGAGUUUCUGAAUAUUAUGACAGAAGGUGUCCUAGAUGUGAAAUGUGGAAAAUGUACAUGCAAGUUCUAUCUCCUCUGAUUACAAAUCACUGCUCAGAUAUAACAGCAGAUCUCCGCAAAGCAUUGUGCUGUGCUGCUGCUUUUUCACCACCACCAAGACAGAGGCUGGCCUGCGUGGAGGGGCAGAGGAGAGACAGCUGCUUGUCACCAACACAUGCAUUUGGAAACCAUAUUCAUUUAUUCAAGAAGGAUGGUUAUUACCAUAUUUUUUAAAUCUACAGUUGUUCGCUGUAGGACUUGUUCAUUCUGACUCUUAGCAUGCUAUUAACAGUGCCUGUUACUGUUGUUUCAUCUCAGGGAGAGGAUACACCCCUUGUCAUUAAGAAAAAGGACACAAAAUAUGUUCUUUAUGUAAAGAUGCAAAGCAAAUGCAUUACCUUGUGUUAUAGACGUGUUUUCUCUUAGGUAUCUAAAUUGCCACA